CCUGACCUGGGGCAGAAGCAUGAAGUUGCUCAUUCUGGUUGCCCUCUUUGGGCUCGGCCACACCCAGCACAACCCUCACACCAAGCCCGGGAGGACAGCCAUCGUCCACCUGUUUGAGUGGCGCUGGGCCGACAUCGCUGCAGAGUGUGAGCGUUUCCUGGGUCCCAAUGGCUUCGCUGGAGUUCAGAUCUCCCCACCUAAUGAGCACAUUGUGCUGAACAAUCCCUGGAGGCCGUGGUGGCAAAGGUACCAGCCAAUCGGCUACAACCUGUGCUCCAGAUCUGGCAAUGAGAACGAGCUGAGAGACAUGAUCACCAGAUGCAACAACGCUGGGGUCAACAUCUAUGUGGACGCUGUCAUCAACCACAUGUGUGGUGCCGGUGGUGGAGAGGGAACCCACUCUUCAUGCGGGAGCUGGUUCAGUGCAGGGAGAAAAGAUUUCCCCACUGUCCCUUUUACCCACUGGGACUUCAACGACCACAAAUGCAGAACAGGAAGUGGCAAUAUUGAGAACUAUGGUGAUGCCAAUCAGGUACGUGACUGUCGCCUGGUUGGUCUGUUGGAUCUCGACCUGGGGAAAGAAUAUGUUAGGAGCAAGGUGGCCGGGUUCAUGAACAAACUGAUCGACAUGGGCGUGGCUGGAUUCAGAGUGGAUGCCUGCAAGCACAUGUGGCCUGGUGACCUGGCCAACAUCUACGGUCGUCUCCACAACCUCAACACCAGGUGGUUCUUUGGUGGCUCCAGACCCUUCAUCUUCCAGGAGGUUAUUGAUCUUGGAGGUGAGCCCAUCACAUCUAGUGAGUAUUUCCAUCUUGGAAGGGUGACCGAGUUCAAAUAUGGUGCCAGACUGGGAAGUGUCUUCAGGAAAUGGAACGGCGAGAAGCUGUCUUUUACCAGGAACUGGGGAGAGGGUUGGGGUUUCAUGCCCAAUGGAAAUGCUCUUGUCUUUGUUGACAACCAUGACAACCAGAGAGGUCACGGUGCUGGUGGCGCUUCUAUCGUUACUUUCUGGGACUCCAGGCUCCACAAAAUGGCUGUUGGCUACAUGCUGGCCCACCCUUACGGGGUAACCAGGGUGAUGUCUAGCUUCCGCUGGAACCGUCACAUCGUGAACGGGAAGGAUCAGAAUGACUGGAUGGGCCCUCCCAGCCACAGUGAUGGAUCCACUAAGUCCGUUCCCAUCAACCCUGACCAGACCUGUGGAGACGGAUGGGUGUGUGAGCACAGAUGGCGUCAGAUUAAGAACAUGGUCAUUUUCCGUAAUGUGGUCGACGGACUGCCUCAUUCAAACUGGUGGGACAAUGGAAGCAACCAGGUUGCGUUUGGACGUGGUAACCGUGGUUUCGUCGUCUUUAAUAAUGAUGACUGGAAUCUGGAUGUAAUCCUGAACACCGGCAUGCCUGGUGGCACCUACUGUGACGUGAUUUCCGGCCAGAAGGAAGGACAUAGGUGCAGUGGGAGGCAGAUCCAUGUUGGGGGUGAUGGCCUUGCUCACUUCAGGAUCAGUAACGGAGAUUAUGACCCCUUUGUGGCAAUACAUUCCGACUCCAAGCUGUAAAAAAAAUAAUUGUGUCAUUUUAAAUAAAAAUACCAGUCAUA